CUUGUGGGAUCAUAAAGAGAGAAGAUGAGUCAACUCUCAGGAUCACAGAGCUGCCAAUCGGUUCGUGCAUUAAAGAUUAUUUGGAAUUUCUUGGCUCUAUCUCGGAAGUGCAUGGCUUGGCCGAGGAUCAUAUGAUUAAGGGUUAUGAAGAUUUUUCCAACAUAGAUGUUGACAUUCUCAUCCACUUGUCUGAUACUGUGAAGAACUUGAAAGAAGCAGUAAAGAGGAUUUGUGUAAGACGUUUAAACUGACGAGUAUAAGAAGCAUGAGUAACAUGCACCUAUUUAAUCCUAAAGUUCUUGAGGAAUUGUUUCAUCUAAGACUCCAAUUCUAUGAGAAAAGAAAGACAGCACUAUUGCUCACCCUUAGAUCGCAUUUGUCAAAAUUGGAAAACAAGGUUGCACUUAUGAGUGGUGUCUUAGAUAGUGGAGUGGUUGAUGUCAAUAAACUUAGCACUGACCUGUAUAUAAAAGCCAUGUCAAUUAUUACGCUCGUCUCCAGAGAUAGUUGUCCAGAAAUGUUGCAAGUAUUAUUGGCUGAUAUAGAUAGGAUCAACCUGAAGGUUAAAAAGUUGGAAGGUUCAACUCCAAGGACAUUGUGGUUGGAGGAGCUCGCUGCUCUUGAACUGGAACUUGAUAAACUGGAGAAGCAGAAGUUUAUUGGUUUGCAUCUUCCAGUACUUCAUUGGAAACAGAUGAAGAUGGAUGUUGCAGCAGUGCCUAGACUACAACAACAAUCAGAACUUCAGAAGCUUCUACAUAUGGUGGAGGAAUUAAAUAGCAAGUAGAAUUAGGAUGAACUUGCUGGACAAUUUGACCUUUUGCAUUCAGAUCCAAUCCAGGAUUCAUGUGCGUUGUUGUCUUUCUAUUCUUGUUGAUAUGUUCUGCCAUAUUUUCGGGUUUGUAAUGCAUGCCUCAUCUACUUGGUACCUUAUAUAUUAACAAGUUUCUAUGAGCUCUUGCUACUAGUUAGUACUUGAAUGCAGACUGCUCACAUUG